AUGGGCGCAGAAAUCGUCAAUCAGGCAGCAUGGCAGACAGGCCCCAAGGUGAAGCCUUUGGAAGUCGGACCAGGACCAGCUCACGACAAACCGGCUGCUGAUGAGGUCGUCAUCAAGGCGGCAUAUGUCGCCAUCAAUCCGUCCGAGUGGAAGAUCCAAGAUACAGCCCUCUUGCCACUUGAAUACCCUCAUGUUCUGGGGAAUGAUGUUGCUGGCGAGGUCGUGAAAAUUGGCAACGCAGUCACUCGCUUCAAGCCCGGAGAUCGUGUCCUUGGACACUGUCUCGGCUUGAUGUAUGGAGGCGCCAAGCACGGUGCAUUCCAGAAAUAUACCACCUGUCGUGAAGUGGUGGUGGCAAAGAUCCCAGAUAAUCUUCCCUUCGCCGAGGCCGUGGUGCUUCCACUAGCCCUAUCAACUUCGAUGGUCGCUCUUUUCGAGCUUCUUCAACUUGCCUUGCCCAGCACCGAGUCUCGAUCAACCGGCGAGUCCGUUCUAGUCUGGGGAGGAAGCUCGUCGAUAGGCAGCAUCGCAAUUCAGCUUGUCGCCGCGGCAGGUUACAAGGUCAUUACCACCGCUAGCGCAAAAAAUCACGAAUAUGUCAAAGAACUGGGCGCCACCGCAGUCUUUGACCAUUCCGAUCCAAAUGUCACCAGCUUGCUCAUCGAGGCUCUCAAAGGCUCGGACUGUGCUGGGGUGUAUGACUGCAUUGGGACAGAUGAGACAAAGGCAGCGUGUGCAGAUAUUUUGGGCAAGAUGGGCGGGGGAGUGCUUCCAAUCGUGACCUGGCCGUUGCCGGCCAAUUUGCCGCCGAGCGUGAAGCCUGUCCUGGUUUACGCCACGAAUCCCGGCUUGGUGGAGAACCACGUAGGUGCGAGACUUUGGAGAGAUUAUGUGCCUGCAGCGCUGGAGGCUGGACAAUUGAAGGCCAAGCCCAAGCCCAAGGUCAUAACAGGGGGGUUGGAAGUCAUUCAAGCUGCAAUGGACCUACAGAAGAAGGGUGUGUCUGCGCAGAAGAUUGUGGUCGAGCUGUAAGUGUAUAUUGCUCCAGCCCGAAAAGGUUGCGGUUGCGGUUGCGGUUGCGGAUAUUGAAGCAGUGGAAUCAUGCG